AUGGACCAUUUAUGUUCAAAGGGAAACUGUCACUCUGGAUUUUGUGGACCUUGCGAACAGAUAGUCGAUGUGCCCUGCUAUUGUGGGAGUCAUAUCAUACCAACAAAAUGCUCUCAGUUAGAACCCAAGCCCUGUCUAAGAGAUGGGGUCUCCUUUUUGGGCGCAACUUCUUGUGGCGAUAUCACCGUGCGCUAUUUUGACUGUAAAGUUCAUUUUGAAGAUCUCAGUUGCCAGCCGCUUGCUAAAGAAGAGCAACAUUGCAAGUUUUCGCCUGACAUCGUGAAAUCUUGCUAUUGCGGAAAACUGCCGACUCAAGACCUACACAGAAAAAUAUGUACUGACCCAAUGCCAGAAUGUGACCGUCAAUGUGGAAAAACGCUUGAUUGUGGGUGUGAGUGCCUAGCUAAAUGUCAUGAGGGACCAUGUGAAUGCUUCAACAUCUUGGAAACCAGCUGCUCGUGCGGAUAUUGUACCUUCUUGGUGCCUUGUAAAGCUAUUCAACAGGGUUUCGUGCCAAAGUGUCAUCGCAAAUGUACUGCCAUGCUCAGUUGCAGAAGGCAUUGGCACAGGGAAAAAUGCUGCGAGUAUGAACAAGUUGCACUCAAAAGAGAGCGUGAAACGAAAAAACUCAGCAGAAACAGAAUCAGAACAAACUUUGACGACCAAAUGUUCACUAUGGAAACACCGCACAUAUGUACCAAGACGUGUAAUCAGAUGAAACUGUGCGGAUUACACCGAUGUGAAGCACUCUGUCACAGUGGGAAGUGUGGGGUGUGUCUAGAAGCAUCAAACGAGGACUUAGUCUGCAAUUGUGGUAAAACUGUCGUUCCAGCACCAGUGAGAUGUGGAACCAUUCUCAACUGUCAAGAACCGUGUUCACGUCCAAAAGCAUGUGGUCAUGAACAAGAACUUCAUAAAUGCCAUGACGAUGAUAAACAGUGUCCAAAUUGUACGAAGCCUGUUCCAAAAUCAUGCAACUGCGGCUCCAAGAUCAUCCCAAAUGUAUUGUGCUCCGUCGAGAAUGUCUCUUGCGGUAAGAUCUGCAAAGUUAAAAAAGAUUGUGGACAUCCUUGCAACAGGCCUUGUUCAAAGGAUUGCACGAAAGGUAAUCAUGCAUCUCCGGCUUCUUGUCAAUUUUUUUGCCGGAAGAUCAAGAACAGUUGCCCGCAUAUGUGUACGGCAAAAUGUCAUGAUUGGGGCAAAAAACCUUGCGAUCUUUCCAAGUGUGCCGAUCUCGUUUCAAACAGCUGUCUUUGUGGCAGGAUUUCAAAGAAAGUUCCUUGCGGAGCCUCCGUGACUACGGAAAGUAAGAUUGGGACAUUCAUUGGGUGUGAUGAUGACUGUGCUUUCGCCAAGCGUGAAGAAGAGUUGCGUGUUGCAUUUAAUAUGGGCGUGAAACCAGCAACAUCAUCAUAUCCUGAGGAUGCAGUCAAGGUUUACCGUCGCCAGACAAACUGGUGUUCAAAGUAUGAAAACCAGAUUAGGGAUUUCAUUAGUGAUUACCAGGACUACGUUGCCGCCGGAAUAAAAGCAAAGAAAUCUUUACAUCUCCCUCCCAUGAACACUCCUCAGCGAAAGUUUAUUCAUCAGAUUGCAGAAGCAUUCAAGCUCUACUCUGAAUCGCAGGAUAAAGAGCCUUUGAAAUCUGUGUUUAUUUGCAUCACAGAUUCUACGGCUGUUCCCCCUUUGACGCUUAAACAGACGGUUGCAGCAGAGGAUGAGAUAGAAAAAAAGAAAUUGUUUUUGGAGAAUCUCCAGCAAACCCAAAUUGAGGAAAGCUUUUUCAAUUCCAUUUUGAUUCGAGAUGUAUUUUUUGGUGUUUCCAAGGAUGAUGUGGAGAGCAAUGUGAAACAAAUUCUUCAAUCACAUCCGGAAAUUGAAAACCCUCUGAUUCACUGGAUUAAAGACUCAACUUUUGCAUUCUCCUGCGAUAAUUUCAAGACUAUGGAUAAGGAGAAAGAAGACAAACUAUACUCUCUCCUGAAGUCGUUCAAAAACGUUUUGAGAGAGAAGUAUAUUGCGUUUGACUGUAAGAUGUGCAUGGUUGACGACGGCGUGACACUUGUUUUGAAGACAGACUCAAGAAAUGUGGUGAAAAGUUUGGAAACAUCGGAACCGGAUCAACGGAAGAAUAACAAGUUUUCCGUUUUGGAAGAAACUGCCAGCUGA